AUGUUCUAUUGCCAAGUCCUAUCGUCUCUCUUCUUUUUCCGAUCUUAUCAUCGGAGAACGUACAAUAUCGACAUGACAAUCGAACACCCAAGGCUCCUUCUCAUUGAUUCUUACGAUUCCUUUACUCAUAAUCUCGCUUCUCUAUUCCGACAGGCUAUACCUAAUUGUGUCCUCACAAUCAUCAAAAACGACGAAUACAACAUUUCCGAAUUGCGAGCGUAUCUCCCGUACUUCUCCGCCGUCAUUGUAGGCCCAGGGCCAGGCUCUCCAGAUAAUCCAGAAGACAUCGGAGUUGUCAAAGACUUGUGGAAGUUGAAGGAUGAGGAUGUUAUCCCAGUUUUUGGUGUCUGUCUUGGACUCCAGAGUUUGGCGAUCGAACAUGGUGCCGUCUUGAAAAGACUGAACACCGUCAAACAUGGACAGCUGUCCCAUAUUCACCAUCACGGCACGGACCUAUUUCGCGACGUCGGCCCUAUACAUGCCGUCCGGUAUCAUUCUCUCCAUGUCGAGCUGAAGAAUAACGAAGAUGUGGAGGAAUUGGCUUGGACAGAAGACGAUGAAAAUGGCAAGGUUGUCAUGGCCGUGCACCACAAGUCGUCACCAUUUUGGGCGGUUCAAUACCAUCCGGAGUCGGUUUGCACCGAGGGCGGAGGUCUACGGGUUGUGAGCAACUUUUGGCGUCUAGCACAAUCAUGGUCCACACGUGUAGGGAGGCGUCCAGCUCCCUGGAGCGCAGCACUAUCCGAUACUUUUGGCAGACCCUGGCCUCAAGUCGCCUUCUCGUCACCGGCUCCGACAUCGAGAAAGCAUCCGGGAGUCGCUACCCUCGUCCUCGACCAUUCGGACCUCACAGUUGUCGACAUCUGCGAAGCAUUUGGUGCUUCACAGGAAGCUUCGCGAUUUGUCCUCCUGGAAUCAGCUGCGAAACCAGGUCGAUUUUCUAUCGUUGGAUGUCUUUCUUCCUCCACUCUGCAUGUCAAAUACCGUGUCGGCGACACAACCGUGUCUCUGACGAAGGAUGGGCGCACUUUCCAUGAAGCACUCCACUCGCAAGAUAUAUGGACCUGGCUUGCAAUAUUUAUGCGGUCGAGGGCAAUCGCUGAUGGAAAUCCUGAACUUCCCUUUUGGGGCGGUUUCAUUGGUUCUCUGAGCUAUGAGCUUGGCGUUCAGACGCUGCACGUUCAGCUGGAUAGGGCGGAGAAAGGGUUUUCCGAUAACAAACAUCCUGAUGUCAACCUCGUUUUCGUUGAGAGGAGCGUGGUAAUUGAUUCUCAGACGGGCAAGAUCUACCUACAGUCUAUUGUGCCCAACGACGAUAAAUGGUUUUCAGAUACCAUCACCAAGUUACAGGCUCUGCCGCCAGUUCAGGCCUCAAAUGACAGUCCUCUUCCCGUCGGCAAACCAAGCAUCACACUUCCCAGUAAAACACGCUAUAUAUCCCGUAUCAAUCAAGCGAAAGAGCAUCUUUUCGCCGGAGACUCUUACGAACUAUGCCUGACAGCGCAGACUCAAAUCUCCAUCGCCUCCACUGGCUUUCCCAGCGCAUCAUCCACCUCCUGGGAACGAUACAAACGUCUACGCAGGCGCAAUCCGGCUCCUCAUUCUGCGUAUCUGCGUCUACACCCAACAACACUGCUCUCGUCGUCUCCGGAACGUUUCCUCUCGUACACCCGACCUCCUGGAACUGUGUGCCAGCUCCGCCCAAUCAAAGGGACCAUUCGCAAGGCUCCGCACAUCACUCGAGCUGUGGCAGAGCAAGCACUGGUGGGCAGUCCCAAAGAAGUCGCGGAGAAUUUGAUGAUCGUCGAUCUCAUUCGGCAUGAUCUACAUGGCGUUGUCGGCGACGAUGUCAAAGUCAGACAGUUCUGCUCUGUGGAAGAGUACGAGACUGUCUGGCAACUUGUCAGUGUCGUAGAGGGGAAAUUGAAAGACGAUGAGGGCUUCAUUUCUGGCUCGGUGGAUCAACUUGGAUGGCAGGUCCUUAAGCAAAGCCUUCCGCCAGGCAGCAUGACCGGUGCACCAAAGAAGCGCAGCGUCGAAAUCCUCCAGACUCUUGAGGACCAGGAGCGUAGCAUCUAUUCUGGAGUAUUUGGUUAUUGGUGCGUCGGUGGCGGGGGUGAUUGGUCCGUCACUAUCCGCAGUUGUUUCAAAUACGCGGAAGAACAAUCAGUUGAGCAACAACGGGACCAUACAAUGGGUUUCCAUGAAGAAUGGGCAAUAGGAGCUGGCGGUGCUAUCACUGCGCUUUCCGACUCUGAGGCGGAAUGGGAAGAGAUGAUCACAAAGCUUCAGAGUGUUCUGCGUGCCUUUGGCGCUGGACCUGCUGAAUUUAUCGCUAUAUAG